AUGAAUAAUACCACCACAACAUAUUCUUUAAACACAAAUAAUUUACCAGAGGAUGUAUUAUCAUAUACUGACGACAAAUUUUAUAAUUUUAUAAGAGAAGUACUGGGUCAAUCAGCAGCUGAUCUUUUGAAUAUACAAACUACAAAUAACGUUCCAUCUUUUUUAUUAAGUGAUGAUGUUUGUGAUAUUACAGAACAUGCUGUUGAGCCAGAAGAAAUAGAUGUUUUACGAGAAAAAAUUUCAUUUGCAUUUCGAUAUGGCACAUAUCACGUUAAAAUAGGCAUUAGAAACAACUUUAGAUAUUUAAAUAAAUUGUUAUCGGCGAAAUUAGAGGAAGAAAAUAAUAAAAAAAACGAAAUCCAGAAAAAACAACAACAAAAAUCCAUUCAACUUCAUCGUCAUUAA